AUGGAUUUCAAAUCACUUUGGAUUCCCCUAUUUAUAAUACUCGUUCUGUAUAAAUUCAUCCUUUAUCCAACUUUAUUCUCCCCACUACGGAGACUACCGAAUGCGCACUACACCAGCCCCUUCUCAAAUUUAUGGAUAAAAUGGCAGCGAUUUCAAGGCCGAGAAAACAAAGCAACCCAUGCUGCUCAUGUGAAGUUAGGUCCUAUAGUCCGAGUGGGAUCAACUGAAAUCAGCGUGAAUUCACCAGAGCUGGUGAAACAAGUAUACUGCGAAGUCCUGGAAAAGGACGAGUGGUAUGCUCGGGCUUUCGAGAACUAUGGGUAUGUACUGCCAAACAUGUUCUCAAUGACCAAGAAAGAGUCACAUGCAAUGCGAAAAAGGGUUCUUGCCGGUCUGUACAGCAAGACCACACUCCAUGCGUCGCCCGAGAUCCGCGACAUCUGCCGCGUUGUUGUCAUGGAGCGGCUUCUCCCAAUCUUCGAAAAGGCAGCUCAGAUGCAGCGGCCCGUUGACGUUCUUGAAGUCAGCGUAUCAUUUUCCAUGGACUUUAUCUGUUCAUAUCUAUUCGGGAUCUGUAACGGUCCCAAUUUCUUGCAGGACGUAGAGACUCGCCGCAAAUGGCUGGCAUCGCACGCGAAGACAAAGAGAUACGGAUUCUGGACAUUGGAGUUUCCCAAUUUGACUGCUCUGUUGGCAAAAUUCGGUAUCCAUCUCGUCCCCAACGUGGCUCUCACGGCAGCUCUUGAAGUGAGAGAGCUCUGCUUGCAAUUGCUACGGAAUGUCGACUCGUCAUCAUCUGCAAAGACUUUGCUUCUACCUCCUAAAGGCCCAGGAGACACGCCAGUAGUUUACCAGAGACUGUCGCAGUCUCUCUGUGCAUCCGUCCAGGAGGAGAUAUAUAGAGAAUUGCCGCCCACCCGUUCCCACCUUGCGGUUGCCUCCGAACUCAUGGACCAUAUCAAAGCUGGUACGGAGACAAGUGGCUGGACGCUAGUUUAUCUCCUGUAUGAGAUGUCGCGGCACCGCGAGAUACAACACCUUCUAAGAGAGGAGUUGUCGCUCUUACUCGAACCUGGCACCAGCCUCUGCUUCUCUCGCGAAUCGAAGACUCCACAAGCCGCCGAAAUCCUCCCGUCUCCACGCACCCUGGACACCUCCCCCCUACUCCAGGCAGUCAUUCUCGAAACCCUGCGCUGCUACCCAGCCGUUGCUGGGCCACAGCCACGCGUCAACCACAACACUAGUUUUGCUCUUGCACGCCACAUCCACUUGCCCGCCGGAACCCGCGUUAGCGCGCAAGCGUACUCUCUACACCGGAACAGUGAGGUAUUUCCCGACCCGGAAAGCUGGAAGCCGAGGCGGUGGUUGGAAGCAACUCCAAGCCAACACGAGGAGAUGAUGAGGUGGUUUUGGCCCUUUGGCAGCGGCAGCCGGAUGUGCAUCGGGAAUCAUUUCGCUAUCUUGGAACUGAAACUGGCCGUGGCAGCGAUUUACUAUAACUAUAUUACGGAGAUCAUUGACGAUGACGGUAUCGAGCCCAUCGAUGGCUACAGCCAUGGACCGACGGGAAAUAAAUUGAUAUUGCAAUUCAAGAGGGCGUAA